GCCACUUGAUUGACGAUGUGUAACUUGAAAAGGAGACAACGUGAGAUGGAAAGGCAGAUUUAUUUCUGAUGCAUGAUGUAUUUUCCUGUUGGCUGGCCCAAAUGCCUCAAACUGCCAAACGAGAAGCAGUGUUCGGGUCUAAAGUACAUCAUCAGUAACCAUGAUCGGGCUCUGUUUGCGAUUGUGACAGCUGAUAGCGUUAGUGUGUGGUACUGUAAGCCAUCUGUGUUACUCUGCUGUUACACCCAGUCAGCAUUACACCAACAGGAAGUCGGGACAUUUGAUCAGGCAGAGUGGAAAGCAGACUCCUGUAUGUUAGCAGUCACGACCACCUUUGGGUAUGUGGUGUUUUUCUGUGUGGAUCUCGACUCCAGUGUGCCCUAUCGAUGCUCCCUCUAUGUACAGCGGGAUUCACGAGCAAGUGGAGGAAAACAGCCUUCAAACAUAGUCACAUCAGAUGAAGUGCCUGCAGUUAGACUCACACUUGUUGUACAAGUGCAGCUGUCCGCUCAAGUUACUAGUUUAUUGGAUGUUAAAGAUGAACUGGCUGUCUCGUUGACUGAUGGCUGGUUAAAGAAGAUAAAAUGGGAUGGAAAUGUCAACAACAACACAUCAGUACACUUACAAGAUAUAUCUCUGUCAACAGAUCUCCAGUUUGCGCGUGUGAAUUCAGUUCAAGAUGCAUCAGUCCACAUGAUUUCUAUGGACUACAGUCCUUUACUCGGAGGGUAUGCAUUAGUGCUCAGUAAUGGCAGAGGCAUUUUCUUACCAGCUUCAAAUUUAAGAUCACGUGCAAAUUCUCCACGUGGUAUCUGGGCCCCAGAUCUGAGUGAUGCUGCAUGUGUAGCAGUCAACCAUCAGUAUAGACUCAUAGCCUUUGGUUGCCACAGUGGCAGUGGCAUGGUCUACAGUAUUGAUGAUGCUGUUGGUGCUCUGGUCAUCUCCCACAGACUGACUGUCUCCAGUAAGGACUAUCCCGAUGCUGGUCAAGUUGGAGGAUGUGUCCGCAUACUCCAGUGGACACCGGAUGGUAAAGCAAUAGCCCUGGGAUGGCAGAAGGGAGGCUUCUCCCUGUGGAGUGUGUUUGGAUCUCUCCUUGUCUGCACUCUAGGCUCAACCUCCUGUACAUACAAUAAUUAUGGUGCUUCUGAAGAUGAAAGUAUACAGUCUCCUGUAAUAGUCAAAUCAAUGGAAUGGGGUGCAGAAGGCUAUCAUUUAUGGAUGGCCUGUGAAACAGAAUCUGAGAGAAACAAUCACACAACAUGCCCACAUUUGUUACAAUAUUCCCUAGUGAAAAGUGCUUUAACAGUCAAUCCAUGUAUGCCAAACCAUGAGCACCUGUUCCUGCAGGGUGAAGAUAAGUUGUUUUUGACCACAGGGGACAUGCUGUUGAAUUUGUCUAGUCAGACCCAGCCGUUCAGGGAAGGGGCCUCCGGUGGCUCAGGCUGUGGGGGACUUAUUGGCCACAAACAGUGGCAGCUUAUCCCUAUCUCUCCCAGCUACCUUACCCCCAACUGGCCUGUUCGGUAUGCAGCUAUUGAUCAGACAGGUCAGUGUGUAGCCGUAGCUGGGAGAACAGGUCUGGCACAUUACGCUCUCUUUACCAGGAAGUGGAAGCUCUUUGGAAACGAAACUCAGGAACGAUCCAUGGCUGUAACCGGUGGUAUUACAUGGUGGAAAGAUUUCAUCUGUGUUGGCUGUUACAACAUGUUGGACCAGAGGGAUGAGAUGCGUUGUUACCCAAGAUCAUGCAAAUUAGACAACACGUUUGCAGCAGUAGCUAAAGUCCCUUCCCAGAUCUUGCUGCUUAACACAUUCAGGAACUUACUGGUCGUCUUUUGUGCAGACUUACACUUCAUGUUUUAUAGCCUGGAGAGGAAGAAUACUCAGAACAAUCCCAGUCUGACUAUAACCAAGCUACAGGAAGUUGCAAUUGCAAACUUCAUCCCUCACCCUAUCUGUGUGACAGCCAUAAAUCUCACAUCAUUGAGAACAGAGUCAGGAAUGAAGACUCCUGAACAUAGUGAUGAAGCCGAGAGUAUCAUGCUGAACGUGGCGGGUAAACUCAUCUUAUUCCAACAUGACCACUCAGGGCCUCAGAUCAAGGAGGAAGAGGAGCAUAAUUACAGACCUCUUCCAUUUUGUGCUCCAUGUGUUGUUGCCACAAAUGUGGAGAAUGUCUGGAUGACAGCCAGAGUAGAAGGUGACAAGAAACAGCUCAUGGAAGCUCUGUGGCUGAGCUGUGGAGCCCAGGGGAUGAAGGUGUGGUUGCCUCUCUUUCCCAAGGGUGAACAGAAAACUCAUAAUUUCAUGUCAAAAAGAAUCAUGCUUCCAUUUAAAGUGGAAAUAUAUCCUUUAGCUGUACUAUUUGAGGAAGCUGUGAUAUUAGGGGCUGACACAGAUGUGAUGUCGUAUGGUCCAUUCUGUCCCAAUAGCCAGUCAGGGGCCCUGGAGAAGCUGCCCUACUACUCUGUGGAGAGAACUAGUCAAAUUUACCUGCAUCAUAUUUUAAGGCAAUUAUUACGGAGAAACCUAGGUGUCCAUGCUCUAGACCUGGCAGGCUGUUGCACAGAAUUGCCCUACUUCCCUCAUGUCCUGGAGCUCCUCUUACAUGAAGUCCUGGAAGCUGAAGCUACAACCAAAGACCCUGUUCCAGACCCAUUACUGCCACGGGUGGCAGCCUUUAUCCAAGAGUUCCCAGAAUUCCUGCAGACAGUGGUUCACUGUGCCAGGAAGACAGAGGUGGCCCUAUGGCCUUACCUUUUCAACACAGUGGGAAACCCCAAAGAUUUGUUUGAAGAGUGUCUGGUGAAUAAUCAACUGGACACAGCAGGAUCCUACCUCAUUAUCCUACAGAACUUGGAAAAACCACUGGUCAGCAGGCAGCAUGCUACAAUGUUACUGGACUCCACGCUGGAGAAGGGAGAGUGGGAGUUGGCUAGGAACAUGAUCAGAUUUCUCAAAGCUAUUGAUCCAGCAGAGGCGGAAUCGCCCCCAGUAACUCCCCCUAUCCGAGUCUCCAGCACAUCCUCAUACACCCCUAGUUACCCCAGCUCGCCCCUCACCCCUCAGGAUGUCAACCCCUUCAGCUAUGGUGUCUCACGCAUGAGAAACUCCAGUGGCUCCCUCACAGACACCAAAGAUCUGGGAAUCACCAAAGAAAAAAUCCGACAAACAAAAAGUGAUGCUCAGCAUGUCAGUUUAAGAAGACAAAACUCCAAACACAAGGAAGAGCCUACAGCUGAUCAGUUUUUCAUGGAUGUAAUUCUAUGUCGGCAUGCUCGGAAACUACUGAGUAAACAUAGGCUGAGAGACCUUGGGGCAUUUGCUGGGAACAUGGAAGAUUUCCACCUAGUUUCCUGGCUAAGGAAAGAAAGGUUACGGGCAGCCAAAGUAGAAGACUUUGUGAUGGCGCUCCAUGAGAUUCACCGAUCGUUCCAGUGGCCGUAUCCGAUCUCUUCCCAAACAGUGUUUCAGCAGCUUGUCAAAUCUAUGGCUGGUAAAUUCUACAUUUCUGCAUCUAACAGUACAGCAAGUUCAAGUCGCUUGAGUGAAGAGGAUUUGGCAGGAAUGUCACCACCUGAACUGGAGGUCCCAACCACGAUGUUCAAACCUCCGGGAGUAUUCAAACAACCUCCACCAGAUUUACUCACAGGAGUUGAUAUCUCCGGGGAGGUCUUCUUAAAGCCCACACUUCCUAAAGAGGAUGGCAGUGUGGCUACUGUAGACAUGUCAGACACCAGUUCCCUUCAGGGGGACUCAGAGAUGCCAUCAGAAAGCAGCACUAUAAAUGACCGGCUCAGCGCGGAACUGGAAGAGCUCUCUCAUGAACUGGCCAACAAAGGGCCACACCAGUCAGAAAUUGAACUCAGAUAUCUGCUACACCUGAUGUUGGAAGCUGGAUGUUUAGAGUGGGCACUCAUCAUUGCUGUGGUCCUGAGGGACAUCGUGGCUGUGGAUCGGACUGUGAACACAGCCAGCCUCACAGAGACACCCAUAGAGAUAGUCGGCAGAAUGAGAGAGGGGCUGUCCUACAUUGAGCUGUGGGCAGAUACUGAAUGCAUUGGUUACAAGCCUUUCCUGAACAAGUUGCGUGGACAAAUAGAGACAUUAAACAAGAUUAUAGAGCAGGCGCCAUCUCGCUCACAUCUGACCAGUACGUCUUCCACAGAAAGCGGCGCCGCGGCCGAAAUCUCAAUGCCUUCGUCUCCAGAGCUGGACCAAUCCGCAGAAGAAGAAUCCGUAAAGACAGACAACGAGCAGGAGGAGGAACAACCAUCAGAAAACUGUACAAUCUCCUAGCAGAAGUGUUCCCAUGUUGUUUUAAUGUGGAACAGUGAAACCUGUACUGGUGGAUAGAUCUUAAACUUGUAUGACUCUUUAUGAUGGAAAUGGGAUCAAAGAUAGUGUGAUAUUAGCGGCCUCUGUUGCCAGUUGUCUUGUGACCUUUUUUCCAAUGGUGUCUACAUCUUAUGUGUUUUAUUAUCUGUCUCAGUGUGAUUCUCUCUUACCACAGAGCUGUGUCUCGAAGGUGCUAAUUAGGUGUGUUUCUUUGUCCUUUUGUGGCUUUCAGUUUUUUGUUCUUAUGUUUUCCAUUCUUCUGGAGAAAGGGGGUGGGAUAUGGUGCUGCCAAUAUUCCAAAGAAUAGCUGAAAGUUGUACCUUUAUAUUGUUUAUCUUGAAUGCAACUUGAAGCAGCAAAACACAAAUGAUCACAUGAGAUUACUUAUGGCCAGAUGCUUUUCAUGAAUUAUUUCUGUGCAGUACAAACCAAGUGGUCAGCUGAAUUGGAUUUUUGUUUCUCUGAUGUGAAAACAUAUCGUUUUCAUUCUUAUGUUGAAUUUGUAUGAUAACAUCAAAAGUACGACAAAACAGAUCUGAAGUAAAAAAAAAAAAUAGUGAUGUCACAUGCAUUCAUCAGAUGACUGUCUUUUCGAAUGCUCUCAGGAAAUUUGCUUUGUAUAAACUGUUGUUCUGGGACUUGUAUGGACAUUGUUUAAUACUUGAAUGUAGAAUUGUGAAAGCAGUGUGCUUUGCUAACCACCAUUAUAAUACGAUAUAACUUUUUGGAAAUGCUGAUAAAGAAAUUGAGGCAUCAUAAUGUGAAUGUAAAAGAUUUCACUAGCUUUGAAAACCUUUUAAGUUUGAUGGUGAUGCUACGGCUUGUUCAUUAUUAUCAGUGAACCUACGUACGACUAAGAGUCUAAAAUAGUAUAUUUGAAAAUAGGUAAAGCUCUGUUGACGUGCAUUCUUUGUCAAGAAUAAUGUAAGAUACAUGUACAUGUGAACUUUGUUGAGCACGGUUUUAGGUAAUCAGAAGUUCACUUUGUGUGCA